GCGUUGUCCCGUCGGAGAUAGCGGCGGCGGCGAAUCUUGGCCAAAAUUUUUGGGUCCCUGGCUUGGAAAAUUUAUGUGGCCCGCUUCGCCCAACUGAAUCUUGCAAAAGUUCGAGUUGGCCUGCGCCUUAAUAGUCCGCUCGACAUCUUUUCCACACCUUCGUCCUCUUGUCUCUUUCUCCCUCCACUGCCUCUGCUCAUCCCGAUAAACCUUGCAGAGUUCAUAUCAACAGUCCUCUCCUUCCCGCGACCAUGGCUGACGAAGUUUACGAUGGUGCCAUCGGCAUCGAUCUGGGUACCACCUACUCCUGUGUUGCCAACUACGAGGGCAACAAUGUCGAAAUCAUCGCCAACGAGCAGGGUAGCUUCACCACCCCUUCCUUCGUCUCCUUCACCGACGAAGAGCGUCUCAUCGGUGAGGCGGCCAAAAACCAGGCUGCCAUGAACCCGGAAAACACCGUUUUCGAUGUCAAGCGAUUGAUCGGACGACGGUUCGAUGACCCGAUUGUCAAGAAGGAUGUUGAGUCCUGGCCAUUCAAGGUCGUCGACCAAGGUGGCAACCCUAUGGUCCAAGUUAGAUAUCUGGGCGAGACCAAGACUUUCUCUCCUCAGGAAAUCUCCGCAAUGGUCCUCAUGAAGAUGAAGGAAGUCGCCGAGACCAAGCUGGGCAAGAAAGUCGAGAAGGCCGUCAUCACCGUGCCCGCCUACUUCAACGACAACCAGCGACAAGCCACCAAGGACGCCGGUGCCAUUGCUGGCCUGAACGUUCUGCGUAUCAUUAACGAGCCUACCGCGGCUGCCAUUGCUUACGGUUUGGGCUCCGGCAAGUCCGACAAGGAGCGAAACGUUCUCAUCUACGAUCUCGGUGGUGGUACUUUCGAUGUGUCUCUGCUGAACAUCCAGGGCGGUGUUUUCACUGUCAAGGCCACCGCCGGUGACACUCACUUGGGUGGUCAAGAUUUCGACACCAACCUCCUUGAGCACUUCAAGAAGGAGUUCACGCGGAAGACCAAGAAGGAUCUCUCUGGGGAUGCCCGUGCUCUCCGAAGACUGCGGACCGCUUGCGAGCGUGCCAAGAGAACCCUGUCCAGCGCCACCCAGACCACUGUCGAGAUCGACUCGCUCUUUGACGGUGAAGACUUCAACACUCAAAUUACCCGUGCUCGUUUCGAGGAUCUCAAUGCCAAGGCUUUCAGCGGCACUCUCGAGCCUGUCCAACAGGUGCUCAAGGAUGCCAACAUUGACAAGUCUGGCGUUGACGUGAUUGUCCUUGUUGGUGGUUCCACCCGUAUCCCUCGUAUUCAGAAACUCCUUAGCGACUUUUUCGAUGGCAAGAAGUUGGAGAAGAGCAUCAACCCCGAUGAGGCCGUCGCCUACGGUGCCGCCGUCCAGGCUGGUAUCCUUUCCGGCAAAGCCACUUCCGCCGAGACUGCUGAUUUGCUGCUGCUCGAUGUCGUCCCGCUUUCCCUGGGUGUUGCUAUGGAAGGCAACAUUUUUGCUCCUGUCGUUCCUCGUGGACAGACUGUCCCGACCAUCAAGAAGAGAACCUUCACUACUGUCCAGGAUGGCCAAGCUUCCGUCGUGUUCCCUGUUUACCAGGGUGAACGGACCAACUGCGAAGACAACACCUCCCUGGGUGAAUUCACUUUGGCUCCUAUCCCUCCCAUGAAGGCUGGCGAGGCUCAACUUGAAGUCGUCUUCGAGGUCGACGUCAACGGUAUCCUCAAGGUUACUGCUACCGAGAAGUCGUCCGGCCGAAGCGCCAACAUCACCAUCUCCAACGCUGUCGGCAAGCUGUCCAGCUCGGAGAUUGAGAAGAUGGUUGAGGAUGCCGCCAAGUUCAAGACCACCGAUGAGGCUUUCACCAAGAAAUUCGAGGCCAAGCAGCAACUCGAGUCGUACAUUGGCCGUGUCGAGGAAAUGAUCUCCGACCCGGGUUUGUCCAUGAAGAUGAAGCGUGGCAACAAGGCCAAGAUCGAGGAGGCCCUCAGCGAUGCCAUGCAACAGCUUGAGUUGGAGGACUCGACUCCUGAUGACCUGAAGAAGAAGGAGUUGGCCCUGAAGAGAGCCAUGACCAAGGCCAUGGCCACGAGAUAAUUGUGCUUUGUGCUUUGUACACUAGACAGGCAAGGCAUACUGUACCAUCGAUUUGCGGCUCAAAAUCAAGGCGUUUCUCGAACAGUACAGUCACAGUCACAACCGUCAUUGUCAAUCCGGAGGAACGCGAAAAGAAAAAAACACUGGUUUCUCAUGACAUUUACGAGUAUGCAUGCAUGCCAUUUUCAGGGAUUGGCUGGCGUCGUUUCGGAUUUUCUUUGCAGGUCCGAACCGUGACUUUGACAUCAAAAGGCAAGGCUGGCUGGGCUGGACUGGGCUAGGUCUGGUUCUAGCUAGGUCAGGCCAGGCGAGGAGAAAAGUUGUGGCUUAUGAUCAAUCAGAUAGAGCGGCAGUUUUCUUGCCGUUGCAGAAUGACAUGUUUUUGGUCGAUUCAAUUCAACGACAAUUUGUUUGUAUAUCUUGACCUGACUGCUCGUAGCCAGUGGUCCUGUAGAAGUGUACACAACAGAAGCUGGAAAGUGUUAGUACUGUUCAGCCGAUAUCAAGGCCUACGAGACCUACACAGUAUUAUUACUCCGAGUCUCUCGAUGUAAUGUUUAUGUUGAGCCGAA